CGAAGUGAGAAGGCUAAGGAUCCUAAAUCAGCAUUGACAAAGGCUGCGAUAGCUAAACUGCUGGAUCUGAAAAAACAAUACAAGGAGAAGGCUGGCAAGGAUUACGUCCCGGAAGCAGCUUCUGCUCCUUCUGUUGCCAAAGUUCCAUCUGACGUGCAAGCACUAUGCUCUGAGAUCGAAGCACAAGGAGAGUUGACUAGGCAAGAGAAAGCCAAGGACGCGAAAUCGGCGGCAGCAAAAGCAGCCAUCGCAAAAUUACUAGAGCUCAAACAAAAUUAUAAGGAAAUAACAGGGCUAGAUUACAAGCCUGGACAGACGCCUCCUACGAAAUCUCAAGCAUCUGCUUCAACCCCAUCAAAUGCAUCUGCUUUGUAUGCGGAAAUAGAGGCCCAAGGAGAUCUUGUUCGAAGUGAGAAAGCGAAGGAUGCAAAAUCGGAAGCAUCGAAAACCGCCAUUGCUAAACUGCUGGAACUGAAAAAACAGUAUAAAGAGAUCACCGGGCAGGAUUAUAAACCAGGGCAAAAACCUGAGGGAAGUCCGUCGAAUACUGCUGACGUUACCAGUGACGAUGCUGCUACCCUUUACGAUCAGAUCCAUGCUCAAGGAGAGCUUGUACGUAGUGAAAAGGCAAAGGAUGCAAAAUCGGAAGCUUCAAAAGCCGCUAUAGCUAAACUUCUCGAGCUAAAGAAGUUGUACAAGGAGAAAACCGGCCACGACUACAAGCCCAAGUGA